ACAGUGUUGUGUGUGGAGAAAAAAACAUAAACAAACGUAGUGAGAAAGUUUUCUGACUGGAAAAAUUUUAUGCUGCAAAAAUGUCCAUAAUUGGUGUGAUAAAUGCAUCACCAGAGGAAACAGUGUACUCCCAGGACAAUGUAAAGGUGCAAAUUAAUAAGAGCGACGUGGGAAAUGGGACGCUUUUCCUCACAAAAGAAUACUUUGCAUGGAAGCCGGAAAAUCGCGAGGAGGGCAUCUCAAUACCCUGGCUGAAGAUUUCCCUGCAUGCCAUCUCUUCCGCUCCAUCGCGGAGUAUCUACAUGAUAUUGGAUUUUGUCCUCAACUGGCCCGGAGUCUACGAUGCAAAUGGUCCGGCCAAUGGUGGUGGGAAUGCCGAACCGGAUGUAGAUGAAGAUGAGGGCAAUGGAUCAGAUGCAUCGCUCGAGAGUGAUCUGGGUGGGAGUGAAUUGCAUUUACUCCCGCAGAAUCCCGCAGCUGUGGAUCACAUCUACGAAGCCAUGAAUCACUGCCAGAGACUCCAUCCAGAUCCAACGGACAGCAUCUCUGACGAUGAGGAGGAGUUCAUGGAAGCUGAAGAGGAUGUUGCCAACAUUCAGAAUCUCCACAUUGAUGAUGCAGAUGAAAGAUUUGCCGAUGCUGAAGAAAAUUGAACAAACAGCUCUCAAAGGGAUUUUUCCACUACAAAGCAUUUUCGCGAUAUAGUUUUCAUCUUUCUAAUCUAUUCUGCCCCUAAAUAAAGACACUUUUCACUCA